GAAAUUAGGAAAUACAAUUUGACUUGCGUUUUGUCAAAAUUCUAGUAGUUUCCCUUGCCUAAAGGCUCGGGAAUUUAUUAGAAUUUUGACAAAACGCGCUUGAAAUUAUUUCCUAAUUUCACUGGUCACCAUUUGAUCAUGACCCAUGGUAAUGCAAUCACUGAUAUUUGAUUUGGUACAAGUACCAAAGUACCUUUGUCUUGCUUUUCCGAAAGCUAGGCUAGGCGCCUGUGGAAAGUGAUUCUAACUUUUCAGUGUAGCCUACUUGGCCAGGCGUUUGCUUUUUGACGAGUGACCUUCUCCCCAAACUCCUUUUGACUGACUCGGGUCAGCCAAUGAGGUUGGCAACGCGCUACGUUUCAGACUGUGAAUGAAAGCCUUUAGAGUGUGACAAGGAAUCAAGGUCAUAAUCGCCGUGUAGCCCCGUUCAUAUGCUUGCGGCAAGGGACCGGAAAUUUACGAAAAUACUAGAGCUAUAUACGUAGGAUCUGUGAAAGAUUUGAUCAGCCAAAAAAUAAAUUGUAGGCCCAUGUUUGCUCCACUUUUUCCUGCUACGGCAUGCUGGCAAGACCCAACCAGGUCAAAACCGGUGUCUUCUGUUGCAUCUCGGUUUUCAGUUUGGACUCUCUCAUGUCGUUGUCGCGUUAUAAGUGUUCUAGGCAUUGUCAACCUUGCUUAACCGCAACACGCAUACAAAUACGGAGUGCGGAUGCUGAGAGAUUGGUGACAAUAGAAAAGCUGUGAAUGAGGUCUACAACAAACGAACAAAGGCAAAAAUGAAACUUGUGCCUUCUGUCUUUACCCUUUCCUACACCAGUGAAAAUAUUUGAAUUUGCUUGGAAUGACAAAUUUUUUGUUUUUUUGUUUUGUUUGUUUGUUUGUUUGUUUUUCAGCUGAAGCUUGUUAAAUCGAGUAAGAAGUCAAAAAAGGGUUUUAUUAUUAUUAUUUUUUUAAUGGCCCUCCGCGCGAAACUUAACUUGUUAGCGAGGCUAACAGACGCCACCAGUCCAUUUUGAUUUCGGCAGGUAUAUUGCAUGUCGCGUGUAACCAACUAUGUAUUCAACUUCAUCGAUAAACUUAGCUUUGAUGCUCAGUAAUCAAUGCUAAAUUUUAACAUUUAAUUAAACUUCCAUAUUUUCUGUGUUGUUCUAAUUCCCUCAGUAUACUUUAUUUACAAGCACGUAAAGCCUACGAAGCAAGAUUGAAACACGGAAGUUUGAAAACAAGAAAGAAAAGGAAGUUUAGAAUAAGGAAGUAGUGGUUGAGAUUAUCUGUGUAAAUUAUAAUCAAGUACAAGUAAAAAAAACAAGUAGAAAAAUUCCCCAAUUUUGUAAAGAAUAUUAUGUUACUGAACUGAACUGUGCAAUUAACUUUCGUCACAACAAAAUCUGCACUUCCGAUCUUAAGGUUUUAGUUGCACUGGUGACAAAAAGAUAUUAGCACAAUAAAAGCCUAUCUUUUUAGAGUGUAAGUUAAGUUACCAUGACGCAACGAUUUCAUGGUACAUAAGGAUUACCAUGUCAAAGACAACUCGAUAAUACUGUGCAAACAAUACGUCAUGGACUUGCUUGAUAACAAAAGCUGUGAACAAAAGCGUUUUAAGCUGCAUGUAAGGGAAAUGCACUGAAAGACACGUGCAGGAACAUUUUAAAAGGCAGGAGUUAGUCUUUGUUCGUUGAGUAAAGCAGAGAUUCGGUCGCCUAAUUCUCAGUUGUGGAAACUUUCAGUAGCGUGGUGCACAGUUUUCGUCGCACGCCAGUGGCCAGAUACAUGGACCGGCAAAUCACGCACUGGACGAAAAAAGUAGCUAGUUAAAACAAUCAAGUUCACAAAUCUGGUCGUUAAGUCGAUUAGACACAGGUUUUAAAGUUCAUCCGAGGGAUUUGGAGAUCUCGUCCCCUAUCUUCUUCCUGGAUAAAGCAAUACCCUUGAAGUUUCAGAAAUUACAGCCUCUCCUUUGGAUCAAUAACGGACAGAUAUCAGAAAAAAACUUCCUUGUUUUUAUCUCCCCCGCAACGAAUAUUGCUUACUUAAGAAUCGUAAACAUCGCAGCCACAAAAACCUUUCUCGAGUGGUUUAACCGACUUUCAAAUCAAAUUUACAUGAGACUGCACUGUUCAAAUCUUUGAUAGCUCAACGAAGUAUCCAUGGAUCCUGGAAAAUUUUGUGAUUUAAACGACGAUAUAUUGAAGAAGAGGUUUUAUAACUGUAUGAUGAACUCGUUUCUUCCCGAUAAACUCUCCCAGACGCCCGCGGCGCUGCUGAAUGGGUAUUUUGCGGAAAUUGUAGCGAUUAACACAACGAACUCAAAGCUUCUUCGAUCGCCGCCGAUACAUCACAACCACCAUCGCAAAUUUCACAAGCAUUCCAAGGACUAUGCCGUGCAUCAUUUACCAGAUCAAUUUCUCGAGGACAUACCCGAAGAGCACUCCGAAGUGACGAGCAUGCUUGGUAGCUGUCCCGAUCAUCAGAAAGAAAAGCUAAAGUACUUUUGCGAGACAUGUGACGAGCCGAUUUGCCUCGAUUGCACCGCUUCUGAGCACAGAAAACAUCGAUUUUCUUAUUUACGCGAAGUUUAUCACAAGCAAAAGCACAGCAUGGCAAGUUUACUCGGCCAGGGAAAAACACAGAUUGAAAACACGCGAAAAUCGCUGAACGAAGUCAAAACCUUGCUUUUCAAACUUCAGGAGGAACGCGCAUCUAUGGAAAAGGCCAUUCGUGAAAACACGCAGAUUUUAAUAGCGACUCUCCAACAACAAGAAGAAAGAUUGCUGGACGAGAUAAGCAGCGCUUUUAAGAGCAAGGAAAGCUCACUGCGAAAGGAAAAGCAGUACUUUGAAUUAAUUCUUGAACGACUGAGUGGCAGUUGUCAAUUUGCAGAAAGGGCAGUCAAAAUCGGCAAUGAAUUAGAAAUUUUAGUCAUCCAGAAGCACUUGAAGAGAAAGUUAAACGAUAUUUCGCACACUCGAAAAGACUACAGCGCCACAAAUUUAAAAAACAUCUACUAUUUUCCGGAGGAAAACUCCGUUGAAACUACUCGGAAAGCGCUCGGGCACAUUGUCGUUUCCGACACCUGCUCGGAUUUGUCGACGGCAAAUGGCGACGGGCUGGUGAAGGCCCAGGUCGGGGCAUCUGCCGAGUUCGUUGUGACAGCGAAAGGUUUCGACAACCAGCCGAAAAAUCGCGGCGGAGAUCUUGUUACUAUCGACGUCCGAAGCCCGAACAAGACGACCAUCCGUUCGGAAAUCGUCGACAAAGGCGACGGAAGUUAUGCAGUGGGAUUCACUCCCAGUUUAAACGGUGAACAUGAAGUUGGAAUCGCAAUCCACCAUCAGCCGAUCAGAGGAAGCCCUUUCAAGGUUAUGGUCACCAAUCCUCGCGUUUACAGCAAGAUCACGCGUCCAACUUUGUGUAUUGGAAGUCUGGGCGAAGUUAAAGGGAAAUUCAAGCUUCCUUGCGGUGUGGCGGUAGACAGCGAGGGGAGAAUCCUGGUAGCCGACUGUCAUAAUCAUCGCGUACAGGUUUUUGACCCCCAAGGAAAGUUCAUCAAGAGUUUUGGAAACCUCGGAGACAAAAAUGGGCAGUUGAACCAUCCGACGGAUGUAGCAGUCGAUAAACAAGGAAAUAUCGUUGUCUGUGAUAAAGACAAUCACAGAAUACAACGCUUUACAAAAGACUUCGCUUUUAUCAACAAGUUUGGUGGUUACGGGGAGAGUCAGGGGAAGUUGAAACGUCCGUGGGGAGUAUCCAUGGGGAACGAUGACGAAAUUAUAGUCAGCGAUAGGCGCAACAGUAGGAUACAAAUUUUUAGAGAAGACGGCAGCCUUUUGCGCGUGCUUGGUUGCCAUGGAAACGCCCAAGAAGAACUUGAUCAUCCGUAUCACGCGGUAAUGAACGCUGAUGGCGACAUUUUUGUCACUGACAGCAACAAUCACGCUGUCAAAGUUUUCGACUGCAAUGGGAACUUCGUGCGCGAGAUUGGCCAAUCGAUGCUCAAGUACCCAACGGGAAUUGCUUUCGACAUGGACAACCACGUGAUUGUAUCAGACCAAUACAAUCAUCGUAUCCAAAUCUUCAAUGAGGAUGGAAGCCUGGAGGCUACUCUUGCGUCUGGACUCAAUGGCCUGGGUCAGAAGUGCUACCCUAAGGGUGUGGCCGUUUCACCGGGCGGGUACAUUGUUGUUGCCGAUAGUGACAAUCAUCGAGUUAUUGUGCUAUAGAUUUGAAAUAAGAUCGUAAUGGACGAUUACAUUUAAGGCUCGGUCGAGUAAGAAGAUUUAAGACCAUUUAGAUAACUUUUUUUUUCUUAGUCAUUUGAACAUGCCGUGAACGCGAGAAGAAAUAUGGCCGCGCGAAAUCUGGGGGAAAG